AUGUAUUACUGUCAUUGAGUAUUGGCCUACCUGAAAGUGCUAGGGAAGCUCCACCAUCAGGAUGUCCAAGUACAAACUGAUUAUGUUAAGACAUGGAGAGGGUGCUUGGAAUAAAGAGAAUCGUUUUUGUAGCUGGGUGGAUCAGAAACUGAACAGUGAAGGAAUGGAGGAGGCUCGGAACUGUGGAAAGCAACUCAAAGCGCUAAACUUGGAGUUCGAUCUCGUAUUCACAUCCAUCCUUAAUCGGUCCAUCCACACGGCCUGGCUGAUCCUGGAAGAGCUGGGGCAGGAGUGGGUUCCGGUGGAAAGCUCCUGGCGUCUAAAUGAACGUCACUAUGGAGCUUUGAUCGGCCUCAACAGGGAGCAGAUGGCUUUGAAUCACGGUGAAGAACAAGUGAGGCUCUGGAGAAGAAGCUACAAUGUGACCCCACCACCCAUUGAGGAAUCGCACCCUUUCUACCAUGAAAUCUAUAAUGACCGGAGGUAUAAAGUGUGCGACGUUCCUGUGGAUCAGCUGCCCCGAUCUGAAAGCUUAAAGGAUGUUCUGGAGAGACUCCUUCCCUUUUGGAACGAAAGGAUUGCUCCUGAAGUAUUAAGUGGCAAAACCAUUCUGAUAUCCGCUCAUGGAAAUAGCAGCAGAGCUCUCCUGAAGCAUCUGGAAGGUAUCUCUGAUGAAGACAUUAUCAAUAUUACUCUACCCACUGGAGUCCCCAUUCUCCUGGAACUGGAUGAGAACCUGCAUGCUGUUGGGCCCCACCAGUUCCUGGGCGACCAAGAAGCUAUCCAAGCUGCCAUUAAGAAAAUAGAUGAUCAAGGAAAAGUGAAAAAACGAGCUGAAAAAUGAAGGCUUUCCCAUUUGCUGGCUAGGAAUGGCUGCAAAAGAAGUAGCAUGCAGUGUUUGAUGGGUGCUGAUCUCUCUCUCUUUUUUUCCCCCCUGUUUUUCCAGAACUGGGCUAUGGGGUAGAGUUUAUAUAGGUAACUACGUAACUUAUGUUGCUCAGAUAAAGGCUUUAGGAUGCCUGAGUAGGCACGAGUACUCACUAGGCAUGAGUAGGAUGAACUCUCCUGCUAGUCCUAUUUGAGUUAGUCAUUUGUGGGGCUAAUUAGUAACCAGCAGGGCUUAAUCAAUGUCCUAAAUAUCCAAGAUAGAAGAGUAACAAGUAGAGGUGAAAUUUAAGGUAUUCAUCAUUCAAUACAUCAUUACUGAGUCAUUAUUGAGAGACACUACUUAUUCUAGUAAGUAGUUCACAUUUAUAUUUACUAAGACUUUCUGGGAUGAUAGUAUGGUAUAUUAGAAAUAUACUCUACUUAAGUAUUUAUUAUCAGGCUUCUCCUCUGUGAAAAGGGGUGCUUUUCCAGUUAAAACCAGAGGCCCAUUAAAUGGGAGAAAUCAUAUAUGGGUUUCUUCAAGAAAGCCAACAACAAACGAUAAGGCCCUUUGCCUUGUCUCUAGUCCAGAGACAUCCUUUCUUUGACAUUUGG